AGCGGCAGCCGCAGCCCUGCGCGCAGCCGGGGUCCAUGCGGCCCUCUCGCGCGGCGCAUGGAGCGGCUGCGGGCAGGCGCUGCCGGCCUGCAGAGGAUGUGGCUCGGGUCGCGGCGGCGCUGUCGGCGCCGGCGCUGCUGGGGGAGGUGCUCCGAUGCUGCCAGGCGGACGCGCCGGACACGUGCUGCACCAGCUCCUCCACGGCGAUGCCGCUGGACUGCGUCGGCUUCGCAUCGCCGCUGGACGAGGAGCUGGUCGGGGAGGCCGCGCCGCCACGCCCCUGCAGCGCAUUCGGACCCGCGCGCACAGAAGAUGCUGCGGGCCGCGAGGAGGAUAGCGGGGGAAACAUCCAGCGCCUCCUCCGCGAAUUCGCCGGCGACGUGGCACUCGACGAGGGCAUCCCCGUCGAGGCCUGCUUCGACGGGCAGGCUCCGAGGCGCUCGCUGCUGCGCAUGGACCGCCGGCUGAGCCAGCUGGAGCUCUGGCCCGCGGAGGGCCUCCACGGGGAGCCGCCCGCAGGCGCCUGGGUCGUCGUGCCGUUGAGGCAAACGGGCCCCGUGGCCAAGGGCGACGCGGACCAG